CACGUUGCUAGGGACGCUCGCUAACAGGAACGAGCAAGCGCUACUUCCGCCUCGGAGAGUAAAUGUGUCUCCACGUGAAUUGUCAAAGUGUGCAAAACGGAUUCCGAUGAGGACGUGGUGUUUGUUUCUGAAAAGUCUGCACGUAAACCCGUAGGGAUCACAAUCAGCCUGGAGAAGCUACUGGCUCUGCAGAGGGACAUUGAUGAGCAGUCCCAGCCCACACAGCCAGCCAAACCUCUGACAAGCCAUGAGAUGAGUGCUGACGCAAAGAUGGAGGAGGAUAACGAUGAGGCAAAUAUAAUAAAAAAGGAGAAAAAACAGAAGAGAGGACAAGCGUGUUCACCAGAAAUCCAAAUGUGCGCAGCUGAGAACGGGAGUCGAGCCAAGACUAAGAAGAAACGGAAAAAAGUAGAAACGGAGUCACAAGAAAAGGAAGAUGAAGCAGAUCAGAAGAAAGACAAGAAAAAAACAAAAAGGCAGAAACACAAUGGAGUUUCCUCAGCUAUUGAAAUGAAUGACGACGACAGGAGGAAGAAGAAGCCGAUAGGGGACAGCGUAAUCCAAGCAGAAAAUAUUACCUUGAAGGCUGAAAAAUUGGAAAAGAAGAAAAGGAAAGAGGAGAAACUCAAGGACAAAAGUGUACAAAUCAAAUCAGAAAAUCUGAAGAUGGAAGAAGACGAGGAAAUGCAGAUCGGAAGUAUUAAUCACAAGAAACCCAAGAAGAAAAAAGGCAACGUUUUAGUUUCGAGGACAGCUGAGACUAAAGAGAUAAUUGUAGAAAAGAAAAAGAAAACUUCUGUAAUAACUGAGGGAGUUGAUGAAAUCAAAGCAAAAAAGAAAGCAAAAGUGUUGGAAAAUGGGAUGAAAGUAGAAAAAGAAGAGACAGAGGUUAGCAAGGUGAAAUUAAAAAGAAAGAAAGAGAAGGAGAGUAAAUCUGAGGGACUUGGAAAUGAAAUCAAAGCAAAGAGGAAAAGAUCGACACAGGACGAGAAAUUUUUCCCAAAGGAAGAAAACAAAGCGAUAGCUGUAGAGGAAGAUUUAAGUGAGGUAAAGACCAAAAAGAAAAAAAAGAGGAAGAAAGCAAAAGAGGAAGACGGGCAAGUAGAAGCAGAGGAGAUGGAGCCACAGAAGAAGAAAAAGAAAAGAGUAAAGAAGAACGAGGAGGUGGAGGACAAAAUCACUCCGGCCGCUGAACCGCAGAGCAACAAGCGCAAAAAGAAGAAAACCUCAGCUGAAGACGAUCAGGACAUGAACACUGAGGCCCGGGCUGUGGGGAAAAAGAAGAAAAAAAGCAAAGAAGAGCAGGAAGACUCCCAGGACUUUCCCAAAGGCGAUGUCGUCUUCCUAUCAGCAAAGACCGGAAACGUCGACGAGGUCACCAUUAAUCCGGAGAGAAGAAAAGCUCUUCAAAUGGAGGUCGAGGAGGCUUCCCAACCUCAGAAACCGGAUAAACCUGCAGCUUUGGGUCAGUGGAGUACCGCUCAGUUCGACAACUCCCAACAGCAGCAGAAGUUCUUGCGGCUGAUGGGCGGCUUCAAGAAGGGCUUCCAGCUGACUGGGCCCCCAGCUGCAGGAGCCAACAUGGCGCUGGGGAAGGACGCGCAGCAGCACCUGCAGCAAGGGCUUCUGGGACAGUUUGAGCGAGCACACGCACGGAAAAUGGACUUCGGUAACAGAGGGGCGGGACUUGGGUUUACGGCACCCUCCAAUAAGAAGUUUUCCAUCGACAUCAAUGCGACUCGAUCCGUCCGCUUUGAGGACUGACUAGGGAGGUUUUUGUACUUCUAGUGUUUUAACAGAGUAUUAAUUCAACUGGGGACUGCAGUUUAUAACUCACCAAAAUGUAUGUCUUGACAUUUUAUGAAUGAGAAAUUUGCAAAUCGUAUGUUGUGAAUGUUACAUACCAGACUUAAGAUAGUAGACGGUUGUGGUUUUACCAACUUCUCUGAAGACUGUGAUGAUGUUUAAUAAAUUCUCAAAAACAA